AGGGAGAUCACUCCCAAAAAUACAUAAAAAUUCCUGCCGAAACGUUGUUUACAAACCGAUGGCGAAGCUACAAAUGGCCACACGUAUGUUUCAUCGGACUAUUGAUGUUUAUUAUUGAAUCUCAAAAGAUGGAAUUCACACUUUAAUUUGACCAGAAGAACACGUUCUUGGCUACAUGUACGUAUACGGGAAGCGGAACCAAAGAAAGUUUAACUGUACAGGCUAUGUCUGAUAUCUCUCUGUCACCAACACCUUCCCAGGAAAACCUUGCCAACGUAAUGGAUGCCUCCAUGUACAAUGCGAUUGACACAUUUAUGGCCCGAGAAGAGCAAUCGUAUGACAACUUUAUGAAACAGUUCACACAUCUUACACACGAUGAUAUUAAAGCAAAGAUGCUCAGUAGAAGAACAGCGAUGCUUCAGAAUCUGAAAGCUUCCGAUCCAAAGUCUGAAACUGAGGGCAGCAAGCAGAGUAGUGUAAUUACAGACAACACUAACCCCGGUGUAGUAACGAGGGAGGAGGAGGGGCUGGAGGAGGAAGUCCUAGAUAUUGGUACCACAAGUAGUAUUAUGUCAAGUGGAAUGGAUAACAGACCUACCAAGUCGGCAGUCCAGUUUGACAACUUUGUUGAGCUAGAUGAAGAUGACGAUGAGGAUAUACUUGAAGGCAGUGAAUAUAUUGCCAGUUUUUCUGGUCAGAAUCCUAGUGUGAAAUUAGAAGAACCCUGUCAGUCUCAUAAUCAAGAUCUAGACUUCACCAAAGAAACUGACAGCCAAAGGGAGUUAACUCCUGUAUCUAUAACCACCAAAGACCCCGGUGAUGGGGAAAGCUCAGCUGACUGUGGUGGUCUAAUCAACCCUGGAGAAGUGGAGGUUCUCCCGUCAGUAAAGCCCAUCACACAGAACGACCAAACACUGGACUUCUCAGCCAAGGAAGGAACACCAAUCACAUUUGAUCAUCAGGAAUGUACCGACGAGGUGGAACCGUUUACCUUAGACAAAGACUUUGACUACGAUAAUGUUAUCUUGACUCCAAAGUACUCUGAAGAGGAUGUUCAACUCAUGAAGGAUCUGCGUGAGCAAAAUCAGACGGAGAAAUCAGUUUCACAAGAAAAUGGGACCUAGCCACAACAAUAUAAAGUUUAUCAUACAUACUUUAUUUGCAUCACAGUUAGACCUGAUAUUACCGACACCUUCGGGAUCUGACAUUAAAUUCGUGUCACAAAAACAAAACUACCUCUGCUGUAUUUAAGAGCCCUAGUUUAUCUGACAUACUGCUUUAUUCAAAUAAGUGGUCCAGUCUCCGAGGAUGUCGGUAAAGUCAGGUUUCACAGUCGCAAGAAAACAUUCCAGCAGUCGAUAAAAAACUUAAAUCAGGUGAAUCAGGGAUGUUUCUUAUUGAUGUUGACCACUGUAUUACAUUUUUAUAUCUUUUUUUAAUACUUUUCUGUUUUCCGUCCAUUCAUAUCAAAUUAAAUAUAUUUAAAAACUAAAA